GGUUCUGUUGAAACCCAGGAAAAAAAACAAAGACAAAAACUUUCAGCUUCUUUGGAACAAAUUUAAAAAGUUUUCGGGGUUUUUUUUUUCUGUGGAAGUGGUCGAAUGAUGAGGUGGGGAAAAAAGAAACCUGCUUCAUCUGCCUCUUCUUCAGGAUUGUCCCGUGCUGUACCUGUUUCUUGGAUUUCCAAGUUCAGUGGAAUGAGCAUUGCUGGUUCUGACUCGAAACCUGCAAGGGAAAAGAAGCAAGAUGGAUCUUGGAAGAAUAUGUCUUCAGGUUCUUCGUUAAGUUGUACUAGACAUCAAAAUGAUAGGUGUACCCAUAAGGGUGGUAAUGGCUUGCAUAGAUUACCUGCAGGGAGAGACACUGCUGCAACAAUGUCAGGAGGGAACGAGGCAGUUGGUGAAUUAGAUUUCCCCGUCACAAGCUCUCGGACCUGUAAAACAAGUGCAAUUACAUCAAAUAAAGUAGAGCCUGGUAAGAAGCUUGAAGAUAUGAUGAACAACGUGCAGAAGAUAAGAAGAGAAAUCCAGAGGGAGACAGAUGGAUUUCCUGAUAUUGAUGCAAGGGAAAGUAGAAGAAGAAAGAACAGAGAUAAGCAGAAAGGGGAGAGGCGUGACCAAAUGCUUCUCGAGCAGAAGCAACAGAGGUCAGAAAGGAAGGAAAAAGAUGUUGACAUGAAGGCCAAGAAAUCAGCGAGAAGAACAGGUUCAGGCAUUGGAGGAAACCUUGAGUUCCUAGAAGCUGGUUGGAAUCGACAAGUCCAUGGCCCCUCCAUGAAUGCAGGAACUGACAGCAGAGCUGCACUUACAGAAGAUUCAUUGUUUGUCUCUCAUAAUCUUCAAAAACCUGCUCAUCAAUGGCAAAAGCUCAAAGAAACAAAACUAAAAGAGGUGAAGCUGAAAGCUGAGAAACAGAGAAAAUCUCUGUAUAUAAGAAGAGAGCUAACCAGAGUAGGAACAAAAGAAAACAGCAGACUUAGAGUUUUUUCCCCGAGACCAUCCCCCAGAUCUGAAAAAUGCAGAGUUAAAGCCAUUGAAGACUUGAAGAAGGCUAAACUUAGAGCAAUUGAGCACAGGGAUUAUUUUAUUUUUUUAGUUUUCGAAACGUGUUCACAUUUUCUCCGCAUGUUGCAUCGAUUUGAGAUUUUCUUGUGUGACUUGUAUGUAUACACCGAUCCUCAAAAGGACUUCAGAGAUUCAAUGAUCGAGAUGAUAAUGGCGAAUGGUAUCAGCCGACCAGAGGAACUCAAAGAGCUUCUGGUCUGUUAUCUAACACUAAAUAGUGAUGAAUACCAUGACAUGAUCAUCAAAGUGUUCCGAGAGGUAUGGAGCGAACUGAAACAUCAACCUUUUCAUGAAGAUGUGCGGAGUAAACAAGUUCUUCACAGUUCUUUCGCACAAGAAUUGGACACUGAAUAACUUAAUUUAGGCUCCUAUGAUGUAACUCUUUACUCUUCUAAUUUUAUGCUUCCUUGUUUUGCUUAUAAAGUUUAUAUCAAUGCCUCACGAGAAAGCAAUUUGUACA